CCCGUUAGUUGAAGAGUUCCAAAACAAAUGUCCGUUUUAGAGUUGUUAAAAACGUUGUGGCGCCAAUUUUUCUUUGAUUUGUGAUAAAUUACUACUCUGUUUAUUUACGGCCUCAAUAUGCCGGCCUUUCUUAAGCAUAUUGAAGUAGAAAAUUUUAAAUCAUAUAAAGGAAAACUUUUGAUCGGUCCAUUAAAGUCAUUUACUGCAGUUGUGGGACCAAAUGGAUCAGGGAAAUCAAAUUUUAUGGAUGCCAUUAGUUUUGUUAUGGGCGAAAAAACCAGUAGUUUACGUGUCAAACGAUUCAGUGAACUUAUUCAUGGAGCGUCUAUUGGGAAACCUGUAGCACGAAGUGCAUCAGUAACUGCUGUUUUUGAACUUGAAGAUGGAACUGAAAAAAGUUUUAUGCGAACUGUCCAGGGAUCAUCUUCAGAACAUAGAAUAAAUGGCUCUAUGGUUACAAGUCAAGUUUAUUUGACAGAGCUGGAACAAUUAGGAAUAAAUGUAAAGGCUAAAAACUUUUUAGUUUUCCAAGGUGCAGUUGAGUCAAUUGCUAUGAAGAAUCCUAAAGAAAGAACAGCCUUGUUUGAAGAAAUUAGUAAUUCAGGAUCUUUAAAGGCAGAAUAUGAAAGACUUCGAGCAGAAAUGUUGCGGGCUGAAGAAGAGACGCAGUUUUCAUAUCAAAAAAAGAAAGGUAUAGCAGCUGAACGUAAAGAAGCUAAAUUAGAAAAAGAAGAGGCUGAAAAGUAUCAACGUUUAAAGGAGGAAUAUGUUGAGAAACAAAUAGAAUACCAACUUUUUCGACUCUAUCAUAAUGAAAAAGAUAUUGAAAAUUUGGAAAAUAGUCAAAAAAAGAAGCAACAUGAAUUAGAAAAAAUAGAGAAAAAGAAAGAAAAAGCUGAAGAAAUAUUAAAAGAACACAAAAAAGAAGUUGGAAAAUUGGCAAGAGAUUUAGCUAAAAUUGAACAGGAUAUUAGAGAAGUUGAAGUAGAAAUAACGAAGAAGAGACCAACGUUUAUCAAAGCAAAGGAACGUGUUGCUCAUAUGCAGAAAAAGGUUGAAUCAGCUCACAAAUCAUUAGCACAAGCUCGAGCUGCCGAUGAAGCCCAUAAAAAAGAUAUAAAUGAACUCCAAGAAGAGUUAAAACAAGUUGAGGAAGCCAAAGCUGCUUAUGAAGCAAGUAUUGCCGGCCAAUCUCAGCAGCAAGGUCGAGAUGUACAGUUAGAAGAUGAACAAGUCAGUGAAUACAACCGUUUAAAAGAAGAAGCCGGUAAACAAUCUGCUCGUUAUUUGCAAAUGUUAGAUUCAAUCAAUCGUGAACAGAAGUCCGAUCAAGAUAGACUUGAUAAUGAGAGUAGAAAGAAGACAGAAAUUGAAAAUAAAUUGAAACAGAAAGGACACAUGAGAGAUGAGGCUUUGAAAAGGAUUGAAAAGCUUGAAGAACACAUUAAGACAUCUGAAGCUGCUCUUGAGGACCAAAAGAAACUUCGUGCAGAUUUACAAAUGGAUGUGGGAUCAUCGAAAGAUACCGUCCAGCGACUUCAAAGGGAACUGGAAAAUAUUUCUGAGCAACUGGGUGAUGCAAAGGUUGAUAAACAUGAAGUAGCGAGGACUAAAAAGAAGACAGAAAUAGUAGAAAAUUUCAAGAGACUCUUCCCUGGAGUUUAUGACCGAAUGUAUAAUAUGUGCGAACCAAUUCAUAAAAGAUAUAACGUUGCUGUUACGAAAGUUCUGGGUAAAUACAUGGAAGCAAUAGUCGUAGAUACAGAGAAAACUGCGCGGCAAUGUAUUCAGUACCUCAAAGAGCAGUAUCUUGAACCUGAAACAUUUUUACCUUUGGACUACAUUCAAGCUAAACCACUUAAAGAACGUCUCCGUAAUAUUAAAGAGCCCAAAAAUGUAAAGUUACUUUACGAUGUUCUACAUUUUUCACCAAAAGACAUUGACAGAGCAGUUUUGUUCGCUACCAACAACGCACUUGUUUGUGAGACACCAGAAGAUGCUAAUAAAGUGGCCUAUGAGUUGGACAAAAAGACCCGUUAUGAUUGUGUCGCUCUUGAUGGUACUUUCUAUCAAAAAGCUGGUAUAAUUUCUGGUGGAAGUUUGGAUCUCGCUAAGAAAGCCAAGCGGUGGGAUGAGAAGCAAAUGGCUCAACUAAAAGCACAAAAAGAAAAAUUAACAGAAGAAUUAAGAGAAUGUCUGAAGAAGUCUCGUAAAGAGUCUGAACUCAAUACGAUUGAAUCGCAAAUUCGUGGAUUAGAAACACGUCUGAAAUAUAACAAAAAUGACUUGGUUACAACCAAAAAACAAAUUGCAGAAUUAGACGCUGAAUUAGAAAAUUUACAAGCAGAAUUAGAUAAAUUUGCACCAACUAUUGCUGCAAUUGAAAAAACGAUGGCCGAUCGAGAUCAAGAGAUUCAAAAUAUUAAGGAAAAAAUGAAUAAUGUUGAGGAUGAUGUAUUUGCUAGCUUUUGUGAACAGAUAGGUGUGUCAAAUAUUCGUCAAUAUGAAGAAAGGGAGUUGAGAUCACAGCAAGAAAGAGCAAAGAAACGCAUGGAGUUUGAAAAUCAAUGCAAUCGUAUUUACAAUCAGUUAGACUUUGAAAAGCAACGUGACACAGAAAGUAAUGUUUUACGAUGGGAGCGAGCUGUUCAAGAUGCUGAAGAUAAACUGGAAUCAGCUCGACAAACUGAGGCAAAUCAAAAGGCAGAAAUUGAUAAUGAUGAAGCACAAAUGGACCGUCUGAAAUCUGAGAGAAGUAAUAAAAAAUUAGAAGUAGAUCACAAAGAAGAAGACAUUGGCAAGUGUAGACGUGAAGUUGGAGCUAUUGCUAAAGAUUUACAAGCUGUGCAAAAACAAUUAAAUUCUUUUGAAACAAAAAUUGAACAGAGAAAAGCGGAAAGACAUGCAAUUUUGAUGCAUUGUAAAUUGGAAGAUAUUACUAUUCCUAUGAUUCAUGGUAAUAUGGAAGAUAUCGCUGGUGACGGUAAUAAUGAUACAAAUAACGAUACAACAAUCAGUACUCAACAGCAGUAUGAACGUGAAAGUCGUAUCACUAUAGAUUAUUCUUCUUUACAUGAAAAUUUUAAAGACAUUGAAGAUGAUGAAUUUAAAAAAUGUUCAGAUAAACUCACAUCAGAAAUUCAUGAUCUUCAAAAUAAAAUCCAAAAAAUUCAAGCACCUAAUAUGAAAGCUAUUCAAAAGCUGUAUCUUGCAAAAGAAAAGCUCCAAGAAACAAAUGAAGAAUUCGAACAAUCACGUAAGAAAGCAAAGAAGGCCAAAACUAUGUUUGAAAAAGUAAAAAAAGAGAGGCACGAUAAGUUUAUGGCUUGUUUAGAACACGUUGCUAAUAAAAUUGAUCCAAUUUAUAAAAGCCUUGCUAAAAAUCAAUCAGCCCAAGCUUUUCUUGGUCCAGAAAAUCCAGAAGAACCAUAUCUUGACGGCAUCAACUACAACUGCGUUGCUCCAGGCAAACGAUUCCAGCCAAUGUCUAAUCUUUCUGGUGGAGAGAAAACUGUAGCAGCUUUAGCUCUUCUCUUUGCUAUUCAUAGCUUCCAACCAGCACCAUUUUUCGUUUUGGAUGAGAUUGAUGCUGCUUUGGACAACACAAAUAUUGGAAAAGUUGCGAGUUAUAUUAGAGACAAAACGAGUUCACUACAGACAAUUGUUAUUUCACUCAAGGAAGAAUUCUAUUGUCAUGCUGAUGCUCUUAUUGGUAUAUGUCCAGAAGUGGGCAGUUGCUUGGAAAGUAAAGUUUUAACGUUAGAUUUGACAAAUUUUCCAAUGCAAAUUUAAUAGAAUAGUCUUAUUUUAAUUUACUUUUAAUCAAAUGAACCAUUUUUUUUAAUUUAAUUUUUACGAUACAAUCAACAUUCAGUUAUUCAAAGAUUUUAUAUAACAUAAUCAACAGAUACACAAUUAAAUUAUCUUAUUUCAUAUUUAAUAUUUUACAGUUUCUUAAAUUUCUGAUUUUGACAGUAUAUUUAUACCUCACAUAUUUCUACAAGUUUCCUAUUGUACAUAGCCAUAAUAUUUUGAAUUGAGGGUCUAUUUCAUCAUUAACGCUUUGUGAAGAUUGUAAAUAAAUGAGUAAAUAAAAUAAUUGUGGGUAAUGAAUGCCUAAUGGGUUCACAGAUGACAGACUAAAACAUAUUAUUGAUUUGAAUAAUGUAAAAUUUCUUUGAAGUACAAUAACUAUAGAACGUAAAA